GAGCCUCGUUCGGCCGGGGCUCCCGACGCCCACCUCCGGCGUGCUGCGGCCGGGCGCCUCCCCGCUGGCCCUGGACCGCAUGAGCCUGGGGAGCGCGGCGCCCGCCCGCAGCCUGGCGCGCUCAGGGCCCGCGCCGCCGCCGUACGGCAUGUCGACGCCGGGCCCCCCGCUGCCGGUGCCGGACCACGUGCGCUCUGGCAGCGCCACGCCUCUGCGGAGCCACGCGCGGUCGGGCUCGCCCUCGCCCGCGUACGGCGUCAGCUGCCCCGGCUCGCCGUUGCUGGCGCCGGACAGCGUCAGCAUCGGCUCGUGCUCGCUGCUGCGGAGCGCUGCCAG